UUUAAUGGUAUUCCUUAAAAAAAUGUUUGAAAAUUUACAAAAAUCUCUUGAAUUAUGUCAAAAACACGAAACUCCUCUAACAGUAUUAGUUUUCAUUAUAGUCCAAUCUAAAUACUAAUCAAAUCAUAAUUAUUUUAAAAUUAUAAUUUAAUAUUUAUGCUAAAUCAGUGCAUAGAAUAACAUUUUCUGAUAAAAAUUCAGUAAAGUAUAGUUGAAUUAUUUUCUUAAAUUUAUAAAAAUAUUUCCACUAAUUUCACAAUUGGAAUGGCCUAAUUAAAAGAGAGAAGAGAAUGAGAGAAUUACGGAAAUAUCUCUUCUGCAAAACAAAUCUCUCUUAUGAUAUCUUUUGCCUCUUUGGCACUGGGUCUUACCCGUGGUUGUGAGAAGAUUAGUUUUCUUCUCUUUUUUCUUGCUUCCAUGUGUUAUUUUUAGUCAAUCUUGAGCUUCAAAAGAUGGUCUUUUAAGAUCUGAAGCGUUGGCUGGUAAUAUACGGUGGUCCUGAAGGUGCGAUUGUUCAGGCUUCACGACUUAGAAUUAAGGGGACAGAUUCGAGUUGUGUUACCCUAAAUCUUCGUCGUUUUUUCUUCUUCUGCAGAUCGAGCGUUUCCAGUCUAACAGUGUGGCGAUGGAGAUCUCUCUUUGAUAAGGCGCGACGUUGGGAUCGAGUUUGCGGAUUUCUCUUUUCAGCUUGCAGCUUGCUUUGAGGACUGCUGUGGAGUGGAGCUCGGGUUAAGGUUCAUCGGUGGUGCUGGAGGUGAGUUGGUUAUGGGGUGUGGUGUCGGCUUAUAUACUCAUCGGCUAUGAACCAGCAAAGCUGGUCCAAUCUGUUAACUCCUCCCAUUUUUACACGACCUUUUUUCUCUUGUUUUCAUGGAUUCAGUUGUCUUUCCGUAGUGGUUUUUCGUUUCAUAUUUUCUUCUUCAUUUUUCUGCUUUCUGGUGGAAAUAGUUUUUUUUUUUUUUUUUGGUUUUCCAGUUAGCGAUGUUAUUAGCUGGCCUAUCUCCUCUUCGGACUUCGGUGUUGGCUCCGGUUGGCUUGUCAGUGGCGGUUUAUUCAUUUUGUCCCUUUGUUUAUCAAAUUAGGAUUAAGACUAUCCCGGUUUGGGUGAACUGGACUGUAGUUUUAGUUUGUUUUUUCAUUUUUAAGAAAAUGUUUUCCAACUGUUAAUUUUUGUAAAAAAUAUAUCAAAAUAUUGUAAUAUGAAAACCUUUUUUUAAAAAAGGUAUGGCUUAAAGGAAAAUAUUUAAUCAAUCUAAUAAAAUAUUUUUCUGCACCUUUCGCUUCAGGUAUUUUCCUCUUAUUUUUUUGCUUAAGUUUAUAUAAUCUAAUCAAAUACAAUUUACGUCAAAAAAAAAAAUAAGAUGAGGCCCAAAGUAUAAAUACGAUAGCGGAUAGAAAGAAACUCAUUACAGAUUGCUUUCCGAGAAUCGCUCAAGUCACAUACGAUAAUCAACUAAGACAAGUCUUCUUGCUCAUCGACGCUGUAGUCUUCGAAUUCCCGUAAGCAUACCUUCUUCCUCUUCGGUUUUGUCGUGUUUCGCUGGAUUAGGUUAAAUUAGGCCACGAGAGACGAUCGAGUUUUUUUCUGGUUCGUUUCUUUUUCAAAUCGUUUCUCUAUUGAUUUCCAUCUUUCUAAGGAUGAAAAAUCUCUGAAAAUUAGGUGAAAUUCCCGUAUAGAGAUUAAAUUUUCAUGGUUCUUCCAAAUUGACAAUAUAGGUUCGCUUAACUUUGAGUCUGACGAACUAAGUUCUUUAUCGUUGAGAGUAAAUAACACCAACACCGUUUGAUUAGGGUUUUGAUUAGUUUUACGAAAAAGAACAGCAAUUAUCGAUUAAGAGAUCAUGUCAGGAUUCUAACUAAGAGUAUUUUGAUUAGGUUUACGCAUUAGUUUAUGUUUCUUUGAAGGAUUCUCAUGUUUAAGAGUAAUCUUUUAAACGAGAAGGUGCUAAUAGUUUCUAGAUAUUAGAGAGAUCCAAUGUGUUAUCUAAUCUGUUUUGAUGAACAACAUUCUCUUGAUUUAUUUGGAUGAUUGGAUUAGGUCAAAAUUCACAUCAUGGGCGGAGGAAGAGUGCAACCGAAGAAUCAAAUGUUCAGUUAUGCGAAACAAUACAUUGAUAAUGUGAAGGAAGCAUUAAAAGAUGAACCUGAAAAAUAUCAAGUGUUUGUCGAUAUGUUGAAGUAUUUCACAAAUCAUCGGAGGUAUGAUGAAGCUACUAUCUUAGCAACUGUGGAUGAACUCUUAAAAGAUCACCCUAAUCUGCGUCUUGAUUUUAAUAACUUCCUUUCUCCCGAGGCUGAGAGCAUCAUCAUCCCUCCCGAGGCUAAGAGCAUUAUCCCUCCCACGGCUGAGAGAACCAUCACUCCCGAAGCUAAGAGCAUCAUCCCUCCCACGGCUGAGAGCAUCAUCGCCCGUCCCGAGGCUGAGAGAACCAUCCCUCCCAAAGCUGAAGAAACCAUCACUCCCGAGGCUGAAGAAACCAUCAUUCCCAAAGCUGAAAAAACCAUCACUCCCGAAGCUGAGAGAACCAUCACUAAUGAGGCUGAGAGAACCAUCAUCACUCCCGAUGCUAACAAACAGUUAAGCAAAUAUCAAACCAUGGUUGAUAGAAGAGUAUCGCGGGAGCUAACCUUAGAUGACGAUGCGCAUCCAUACAUUGCUUCUGUGAAAAAAGCAUUUUGUGAUGAACCUGGAAAAUAUAAGGAGUUUCUACAGAUCUUGCAUGCUUAUUCUCAUCUCGGGAAGGAUGUCCCUAGUACCACUGCAAGGAUGAGGGAACUCAUGAAAGAGCACAAGAAGCUGUUUCGUCGUUUCAGAGUCUUCCUUCCGGAUCAUGCUAAGACAACCAUCAUUCUCAAGGUUAAGAGCACAAUCCCUCCCCCCCAGGCUGAGCAUCAUGGUACUGCUCAGUCUAAUAGUAAGAAAAGAAAACGUGUGGAGUUUGAUGAUACGAGUUUUGUGGACAAGCUUAAGAUAAGGUUUCGGAGCCUUGAUACUCAUGUAGUUGAGUCCUUCCGAAAGACGAUGAAAAAAUAUGAAGAGGGAAAGAAGUCGAAAAGGAAGGUGUACAACAAGGUCCUGAAUCUUCUCUACUAUCAUGAAGACUUGACCGAGGACUUUACCAGAUACUUCAAACGACAAAAAUAUCAGUUGGAAUAGCAUCAUCAACAACUCGUAAAGAUACUAAACAACAUGACAUAUAUCGUUGCUUCUAGAAUGACGUUUGAUGCAGAAAGUAGAUUGCUCUGAUCCACUGAACAACCUCUUGCCGCAGUCUUAGUAAAUUUUUGAAAAUCCAAAUAUGAGAUUGCUGCUCUUUUAGAACCACUGUUUUAUGUAUACUAACUUUAGUAGUAUACUUUUCAUCUUUACCACCACCAAUUUUCAAAAAUAUUUGU